AUGGAAGAAGAAUCACAAGAAGCACCUCGUCGACAGCCUACGUGUUUUAGCUCAUUGAAAGAAUAUGCGACAUGUUCUUAUUUUAAUCUUGUUCUUCUUAUAUUUAUUCCUUUGGGGAUUAUAGGUAAAUUUCACGUUUGGUCAGACACAGCUGUUUUCAUUUUGAAUUCUUUGGCCAUUAUCUCUUUAUCGGGCUUGUUAUUUAAGGCGACCGAGGAAAUUGUUUUAAGAGCCGGCUGGAAUGUGGGUGGAUUGUUAAGUGCCGUAUUUGGAAAUACAGUUGAAUUUAUUAUAUCUAUUAUCGCACUUAAUGAAGGGCAUAAAGAACAGGAAUUCAAUUUAACCGCAGCACAAAUGUCGGGAUCAAUUUUGGCGCUGACAGUACUCUCACUUGUAGUUCCCGCUGCAUAUUCUUCCACUACUGAAAAUGAGAGUGCUGCUAGAGAAGGGCUGUUGAUUUUAAGUCAUGGGACGGCGAUUAUCCUGCUAAUGAUGUAUUUUCAGUAUCUUCAUUUUCAAUUAAGUUCUCAUAAGGAGUUAUACGAAGAUGAAGAAAAACCAAAAACAACACUUCUUGCGACACUAACUGUUAUCGAUGGUCUGGUUGAAAAUUUGAAGAUUUCUACUACAUUUGUUGGUAUUAUAUUGAUUCCAAUUGUUGGUAAUUUUACAGAUCUCAUGAGUUCGGUAAUUUUUGCAUUAAAAAAUAGAAUGAAUGUUUCUAUCCAGAUCGCUCUUGGAUCAAGCAUGCAAAUCGCGUUGGGUGUGACACCUGUCCUAAUAUUAAUUGGUUGGAUAAUUAAUCAACCAUUAACCUUAUUUUUUGAAACUUUUGAAACAUGCGUUCUAGUUGUUGCGGUUUUGAUAGUUAAUUAUUCAAUUCAGGAUGGACGAUCAAACUGGCUUGAAGGCGAAAUGUUGUUGGUAAAUAUUUCUUUAAUGCUAACAGUGCUUAGAGACAAUGUACAUGCACGUGAUGUUUGGUACAUUUCUUAA